ACACCUCCGCUAGCUUCUCCGUUCAAGCAAACACCAACUCCAUCACUCCUCUCCCUCCCACUUUCUCUCUCCUCCUUUCUCUCUCUACUCCGCCCGACCAAAAUGGACGUUCGCAGGCCACAAUCCAAGUCCCUGGGUCCGUCCAAAACACUCUCCGCCGGUGGACCUCUCAAACCCCACCAGCUGCAGUCCUCUUCCAAAGCCUCUGACGCUCUUCCUCUUCCUCUAUACCUCACCAACGGCAUAUUCUUCACCCUCUUCUUCUCCGUCGCCUACUUCCUCCUCCACUUGUGGCGCGAGAAGAUCCGCACCUCCACUCCCCUCCACAUCGUCACCCUCUCUGAACUCGCCGCUGUGGUUUCCUUAUUCGCCUCCGUCAUGUAUCUCCUGGGUUUCUUCGGCAUCGACUUUGUCCAGUUCAUUACCAGGGGUUCCGACGUCAACGCCGACCAAACCGCCGACGACUUCAUCCUCGAGGAAGAAACCCGACGCGGACCCUGCGCUGCCGCCGACAUUGACUGCUCCGCUAACGUUCCGGUUGUUCCUCCGCAGUCCACGGCGGCGCCGGUGACGGAGGAGGAUGAGGAAAUCAUCAAAUCGGUGGUGGCGGGGCUCGCUGGAAUCGAGGCUCGGGAACUGUGACAGGGCAGGAACAAUAAGGCGGGAGGCGGUGCAGAGGAUAACGGGGAAGUUGCCGGUGGAUGGGUUCGAUUACGGGUGGAUAAAUGAGCCUAAUGUUCAUAAAAGUGUUCGAAAGUACUUUCAUGAAUUUAUGUAAUGUUCAAGUACGUGUAAACAUGAGUUUGUGUUCACGGACAUACACGAGCCCAAACUAGUAUAUAUUUAGGAGCCUACACAAACUGAAUCAAAUAUUAUUUGGAGUAGAUUCGUUUAUUAAACAAGAUUAGAAAAUCCAACUUCGCUCCGCUCGUGUCAAAGAUUUAGGUUGAA